AUGGUUCCACUGAAAGAUGGUACAAAAUUGGACUGCUGUACUGCCCUCAAGCAGCUCCAUGGAGGCAUGACCACUAUGCAGGAUAUAGUGGAUGAGGAUGAUCAUUCAGUGUUGCUGCUAGCUGUCCCCUCCAAUACUCCUUCAGACAAUGAGGAUCAUCAUAAACAAUGUAACUGUCCCCCCCAGUACCACUUCAGAUGCACAUCUGCACCAUGGCCUCCAGAGCAUGUCAAUGAUGAGGAUGAUCAUGAACAAUCUGUCCCCCCCAAUAUCCCUUUGGGUGUGCAUUUGUCCCAUGCCAUUCAGAACAUGUCCAGCAACAGGGAUGAUCAUGAACAAUCUUGUCACCCACCCUGUACCCCUCAGAAGGUCUCCUACAAUGACCAGUCCACAGAGAGUGAAGAAGAUGAGCAAGCAGUGGCAGUUGUUAUGCAUAGUGAAGACCCUGCUGACUUUGGAGAAGUUUACCAUGCAAGCAAUGUUGACCACCAACCUUCAGCACUUAUACUCCAAACAGACAACAGUGACAACAAACAUAGUGACAGUGACUGGUCCACCACUGUGAGGUACAACCUUAAAUGUCAGCAGAUGGUACUGCAGACACUGAAGAUACUGGUGAACUUAGAAAGCACAAAGGGAAAUCUACUCAUAUUCUGCCCAAGGCUCCCCAUUGAUGCCUUACAGAAGGCACAGGCACUUGGUGCAUGCACCACUCAAGAGGUCCAAGCCAUUGCCAAUGAAUAUGGAAAAACACUUGUGUUGAUUAUGGCUGCCACUGGGCUCACUGCUAAGGCUACCCAGGCUGAAUCAGUUUGGAACAUACAUCAGGCUUGGUAUGCAAGUACCAACCCUAAAUUGUCUGAUGAAUCCAUGAAUGAUUACUACAGCUGCCAGAUGAAACAUUAUGAGAGUCGUAAAGAUGAGGGAGAACAUCCUGAGCUGUGGGCAAAAAUUUGGAAGUUCUGGGAUGAGAGUAUCAAUGGUACCAAGGACAUGAGUUCAAAGGCACAAACAUGGAGUAAUGUGGAGGGCAUCCAUGUUUUUGGAUGUGUCAUUUAUAGUAGAAAUGAUGAAGCUGUGCACCAAGCUCAAGAUGUUGCAAAAUUAUUGGAUUUUCUCUCUACAAUUAUCAAAUAUAAAAUCCUUGACUCUGCUGCUUCUGUCCUGCUACCCAACUUUGCCCUGUUAUCACAAAAGUCAUAUGACCACACUCUGCUCUUCAUCCACAAGCAUACCAUUGUUGAUUGGCCAGCUGGAGUUCCAGCAGUUGGUCCUGAUUUCAAUGUGAAGCACCUCAAUGCCAAUGAGCUCCAUGCUCUCACUGUUCCAUUUUUGAAAGAGCAGAUGGAACAAGAUUACAACUUGGAGGCUCCAGCAGAGGAGGAAGAAGACCACUUUGUGCCAGUACCUGCUUCAUCAUUUUAUCUCAAGCAUUGGACAGCUGACCAGCUUCAGCUGUUGCACAAAGCUGACCCAAAAGCCUUUGACAUUCCAUUAGUACACAUCAUCUACAACAUGGUGCCUCCCACAGCCACUCUCCAACCCUGCACUCCCACUGCCACCCCUGCCACUGAAAACAGAAGUGUUGUUGAGAAUAUCCAGAAGACAGAAGCAAGAAUGAUGCAGGCCCAUCACAGGGAAGGUCCCAUUGCAGUGUGGUUGAGUAUGUUUAUCAGAGCCCCCCACACAAGAGACACCACUAUCCACCUGAUGAUGAAGAUGGCUACCCCUGUAAUCAUUAUAUCCACUACUGAGUACUAUGGACACCAAUCCUUACCUUUCAGUGAGCACCACCCCACAUGGCUGUUGCUGCGGAGAUACAGAGUCAAAGACUUCAUCCCCACUAAUUCUAUACAUGGCCCAGUGUUGACCACCUGGGUAUUCCCAGCGACUGCUGGAGAUUCACCAGGCCCUGGAGAUUCUCCAGAGCAAGGUGUCAGACAUAGACUUUCUCCAGGAUUAUUACAUCUAUAA